AUGUCCUGCGUCCACUAUCAGCAGUCAAACCCGCCGAAGGAGAGAAGUUACUAUGAUACUCCGUACAAUCGUUACGCGGUUCCCACCUACUCCCCGCGGAUCAGAACUGCCGAGCCAUUCAGAAGCGGGUAUUGCGCGGGAUGGAGACCACUGGAAUUUCAAGGCAACGCGGAAACUCUCACAACAGCGAGGGGCGACUCACCGUACGGGGACACUCGAAUGCAGACCGAAAGGAUGACACCGACGUAUACUAACUGUAAGGCCGAGACGGUGAAACACGGAGACGGUGGUGUCCCCCUCGAGAAGAUCCAAACCAAGAUGAAGUUCCUCGAAGACAGUAAUAUCGUGAUGCAGACGCGCAAUCAGAAUCUCAUAACCGAGAAUAAAGCCCUCGCGGCUCAAUUGAAGGAAGAUCGGAAUGAGAUAAACAGGCUGGAGAAGAGAAUAGCGUUACUGCAGGAGGAAGUUGCUUCCUCGAGAUUAAAAAUCGAAGAUCUAGUGAAGGAAGCAGAACAAUCCCGAAAGCGGGAUGUUUCGAUCAUGGAAGCGAACGGAACGUCGACCACGAACGUUGUACCGAGAGCUGACCGCGGGGUGCAGAUCUGGGCAGUAUGUGCAGCUUGUGAGAGGAAGUUGGAGAGCUGUGAGAAGCAACCACCCACUGUCACCAUCACUAAAUCAGAAUUGGAGGUGUUGGAGAAAGAUAUGCAGACGCUUCGAGACACGAUAAUAGCUCGGGAGGAAGCAUGGGACAAGGCGAUGGAACGCGAGCAAAAUUACAGGCAACAGUUGACUCGACUGACCACGGAAACUAUCACUGCUCGUCACCUUUCCGAAACGCGUUACGAAGAACUGAAAGCCAUAACAAACACGUUAACGGAUAAAGAAUCGGAGUUAAGAUCGCUUCAGAAGGAAAAUGUGAAUUUGAGCAAGCUGAUUGCGAAGCUAUAUAACAAUUGCCAAAGAGGACAAGAGGGAUGUCAAAGAAAUAGUUUGACGAUUGAUAUGAACGAGAAAGAUCAGAGAUUCAUCGAAGAUGUUGUUCGACGAAUAUCCAGCGGGAAGUGCAAGCAGAAACCAAAAUCGAGAAGUGGUUGCUCGGAAAAGACAGCGCAUCCGGGCAUUUACCAACACAGCCCGCGCGAGAAAAGUGCGAAAACUAUAAAGGAACAACCAGCGUGUGCAAAAGACCCAAAACGCUAA